CAGUUACAAGCUGUUUACCGUUUACAUCGGUAAUGACACUACAACCUUGGAUGUCAUCAGCGCACUCAGAGAAAAUAUGGAGGUUGACUUUUGGAGUGCGCCCACACUGAAUCGCAAUGUGAGCAUCCUGAUUCCUCCGGGACUGAUUGAAAAAGUACAAAAUAUACUCAAGAAUGCUGGCAUAGAGUACCACAUCAUCACGGACGACAUACAACGGUGGAUAGACAGAGAAGAGGAAGAAAAUCAACCUGGUGUUUUUUUAGAACAGAGAGAUAUAACACACUACGCUUUUGACAAAUAUCACCGUGUCGAAGAGAUAACAGGGUACUUGGACCUCUUGGCACAAAAGCACAGCCACAUUGCCACAGUGAGAAAUAUCGGAAUGACCCAGGAAGGAAGGCCGAUCAAAGGAGUGAUUCUGAGCACCGGAAGUAACCGGCCGGUCCUUUGGUUCGACGGUGGAAUCCACGCGCGCGAAUGGGUAUCACCGGCGUCGCUGCUUUACUUUCUGCACAAAAUGACAACGGGCUAUGGUUCAGACAGCACCAUCACGACGAUUUUGCAGACCUUCGACUUCUACAUCUUCCCCGUCGUUAAUCCCGACGGAUAUGCGUAUACUUUCACGUCGGAUCGCCUUUGGAGAAAAAACAGAUCUGGUGGUAGGCGAGGAUGCAGAGGUGUCGAUCCGAACAGGAACUUUGCUUCAGCUUUCGGAGGGGCUGGAACAAGCGGUCAUCCGUGCUCAGAUAUCUAUCGAGGCGGGCAGGCAUUUUCUGAGGCUGAAAGUCGUGCCAUACGUGACGCCAUUCUCGAGCUAGGAUCUCGAAUCAAAGGGUAUGUCACAGUCCACUCGUACAGUCAACUCAUCAUGGUGCCGUAUGGGCACGGCCGUGGCACCUAUACCAGGGAUUACGCCGACCAGAUGUCAGCAGCACGCGCUGUCUCCAGAGCUAUACAGGUCCGUUCUGGUGUAUAUUACCAAGUGGGAACCAUUUCAAGCCUUCUAGGCUCUGCAGCUGGGUCGUCUAGCGAUUGGGUCUACGACGGCGCAAAAAUCAAAUACUCCAUAGCUGUCGAAUUGAGAGACAAGGGACGCUACGGCUUUUUAUUGCCGAAUUUCCUCAUUGUGCCAACAGCAGACGAAGCAUCGGAGGGCUUCAAAGCUUUCGCCAAGUUCAUCGCAAGAAGGGAGCUCAACAAGUCCAUUCGGCGAAAGAACCUGUCCGCGGGCGGAAUCUUGACCGUGCCGCUCACUCUGCGGGACCUCCUCGUGCACCCAGACGUCUACGUCGGUGCAUCGGUCGCCCACAGCAGCAGUCGGAGGAGCAGCGUAGUUCCAGUUCAUCGCCGCCCGGAAGCCAGGAUGUACCGUGGUAGCACUUGCGGUCUGCUGUCGUGGACACUGUUUGCCAUCUUCAGCGCCUGCAAUGCGAGAGUCAGCUUCCAAGGGCACAAGCUCGUAAGAGCCUAUCUAAACUCAAUGUCCUCCGUCGAGUUGCUUCGAGACCUGCAGACGAACAACACUCAUCUGGACUUCUGGGACGAGCCUGUCUCACCCGAUCAGAACGUCACCAUACGCUUGCCUCCAUCGGAAGCUUUUACGUUCGAAAAACGUCUCGAACUUUGCGGAAUACAGUACACUGUUCUCACUGAGAAUUUGCAAGAGUGGAUUGAUCGGGAAAGAAAUGAUAAUCAAAGAGAUGGAGAUCUUUACCCUAGGGACGCUGAUAGCUUCCGUAUUGACAUGUACCAUACUCUAGACGAGAUAUACGGAUUCCUGGAUUCAUCUGCCCAAAAGUUUCCCAACCUCGUCAGCCGUGUCACUAUCGGGAAAACAGAAGAUGGAGCUGCGAUUCGUGGAGUUAAGAUCAGCUCCGGGGGCAACUCCAGCCGGCCAGCCAUAUGGAUCGACAGCGGUAUCCACGCCCGCGAAUGGAUCUCCACAGCCUCAGCGCUGUACAUCAUUGACCGCUUGCUGAAGAACUACAAUGACAGCGACGACGUUACAAAAUUGGUUGACACCUUCGAUUGGUACAUAUUUCCUGUCAUUAAUGCGGACGGAUACAAGUACACCUGGACCACUCAUCGGCUGUGGCGAAAGAACAGGGUGAGAAACGUGGGAAGCCUCUGCCGUGGAGUGGACCCGAAUCGAAAUUUUGACGUGCGCUUUGGCCUAGCAGGUUCGAGCGCCAACCCCUGCGCGGAAAACUUCGCCGGCACGUAUCCGUUUUCGGAGCCCGAGAGUCGUGCCAUCAGAGACGGCAUCAACAACCUCAAGGACAGGCUCAAGGCGUAUAUCAACCUGCACUCGUACAGCCAAAUGGUUAUGAUACCAUACGGCUACUCCAAAGGAUACACCAGCGACUACAAGUCCCAGUACGAGGCUUUGGAGAAGUUGGUGACUGCCAUCAGAAAGCGGAACAGCGCCUUUUAUCGCCACGGCACAGCAGGACAGACGUUGUACAUCACGUCGGGUGCAGCGCUGGACUGGGUAUAUGACAAGGCUAAGGUGAAGCACACGUUCGUCGUCGAGUUGCGCGACCGUGGCCUGUUCGGCUUCAUCCUGCCGCGCGAGUUCAUCACGCCGACGGGAGACGAGCUUUUCAGUGGUGUGAAGGCCCUCGCCUUCCACAUCAUCAAGGCCGAACUGAAAUCCCGAUGAAAGCACGCUCCCGAUACUGUCACAGGUGUCGGUCUGCAGGCAGACCGCCCUACUGCCCGCGCUUUUUGCGCCUCCAGUUCUCAACUAUUGCAGAAAAAUUCAAACUAUGCAGAAACUGUACGAUGACGCUGUCGAAAAUUUAGAGCGCACCUGCGCAUGCGCAGUUCAGACAGCAAGUUGCGAAGGAAACCUUAAGCCUAUCACAUCGACGAGCAGUUGGCCGUUCAAUUAAAAGGGAGAAACAAAAAGAGAGUGAAGAUAUGUUCUGAAAGGCAGCGAGGUCGGCCUGAACUAGCUUGCCCUGUCUUGUGGCUCUGCACUGGGGCAUGGGGACGGGAAAGGAAAGCAGUUGUCACGAUAGAGAGAGGGAAGUGCGCACAUAUAACUCCGCCAUAGGCGGCAUUUUCCUGAGCCCAGUCCAAUGUCGACAAUGUGUGGUAAUAAUUUUGCAGGAAGCUUGGUUAACUGCCUUACUUCGAGUGUUUUUAGGAAAGAAGUGCGGAGCGUGAAACAUUAAAAUCGUUGACCUAUAAGAAUAUCGACGGUUGGGAAAAACUUCUCACACGUAAUAACUGCACGACGCAGCGGCGAUGGACGAGACAUAGGCAGUUCGACUUUGUUGGUGAUGGACAGACAGCUGUAAAAUUAAUCGCAUACUCGGUGUCAUACACUGCUUUUGUUUUGUUAUGUUUCGGUUGCAGCAAAUAGCAGCUGGCAGCUGCGCCUGGCAGGUAUGCCUGAGAUGCGGGGAAGGCGUUGGUCUGCCCAUUCUGUGUGGUAUAGCUGAUAUUCCUGCAUCCCGUGCCUUCAUUUCAAUGUAACGUGUACAAUUACAUUCGCGUGAACGUAAAUUGAGCACUGUCCGUCUGGCAUAAUCCGGACUGCGAACAAUUGUUCAACAUUGCAAUUUCUUGGUUUGAUCCAGCAACCUAAAACGAAAUUCGUCCCGCCAGAACACGUUCUCUGAGUGUCCAGAAUAUACCCAUAAUAUCAAGUGUGGCACUGCAUUUUUUAAAAUUUCGAUCCAUAGCAAAUGGUGUACUUCUAUUUUUGUCGAUGACAUCACUAUGACCUACGCAGUAAGACAACAUUGGCAACAUUAAGCAUAAGUGCACAGUGAUGUUGUUUGAACUUAUUGUUUCAUUUUUAAAUAGAUCUCGCCACAAAGAAAUGUAAUGCAGCAGCUGUUUGUACUAUUCAGUGGCCUCCCGACCUCUUUAAGUUGACAGUCAUGAUUCAUUUAAAUUAUUCAGAUCUCAACUGAUCACUGAAUGUGCUAUUCCUAUAUCACGUUUGAAUGUCGGCAUGAAUUUGUAGCAGCUGUUUCAAAGGUGGAUUUUCCAUCCAUUUUGCUUCCUAUUUUGCCCGACAUUUCUACACAUUAUAAAGAAGAUAAAGAAUAUUGAGUGUCA